GACAGCCCGUGAAGGCAGCACAGAGACAGCGCUGCUCCAGCCGGAUCCUCCUCACUAGAGCUGCUGCUGUUCUCUCUCUAGUCUCCGCUAACUCACACACGGAGCACAGCCUCUGGACAAGUUUUAACCUGGAAAUAACUAUCCUGGGACUCCAGCGGAAUACAGCCGGACUUUAGGAAAAGGAAGUUUUACUUGCUAGUAGUCUUUAUUGUUAAAAGAAAGCAGCAGACUGAACUGAACGCUGAGCCGUGUUGUCGCCUGAACCUAACUGUGAACACAACCACUACUGGCGCCUUUCUGCAGCUUUCAGACGCGUUAAAACAUCAGAUUCUUUGUGUCCUGACGUCUCUGCAGCCGGCUGGGUGUUAAGCUGUGAUGAGGAGAGAGUCUAACAGCGGUGAAGCUGCAGAAAGCUAAACAGCUCAUCUACAAACCGACCAACAAAACGAGCCUCGACCACAACAAUACAGGCUGCUCAUUGCAGUGAGUCAGUAUCAUGGAGGCAGGCAGCGGGGCUGCCGCAACGGUGGGGAGUGCAGCACUAGGACUGCUGGGAGCCACAGCCACGUCCAGCCAUGACAUCUUGGACAGGGGCCUGAGGCCUGGACGUCACCUGGAGGAAGACGAUAUUGUGCCUGAACUGGCUAACAUCCAUCCCAGAGAACGACCCGACUGGGAAGAGACCAUCAGUGCCAUGGCGAGGAGUGCAGAGAUCCCUGAGCUGAGGACGGAGCCCCUCAUGCGCUCAAGCAGCAGCAGCACGGCCAGCAUGAAGGUCAAGAAUGUCAAGAAACUUUGCUUCACCAAGGGCCACUUCCCGAAACUGGCAGAGUGCGCCCACUUCCACUACGAAAACGUGGACUUUGGCACAAUUCAGUUGUCCCUCGGGGAUGAACAGUGCGAAGUGACGCGGAACGGCUAUGAGUCGAAGGAGCUGGUGUACUUAGUUCAUAUCUACUGCCAGGGUCGAAGUUGGAUUGUGAAACGCAGCUAUGAAGAUUUCCGUGUCCUGGACAAGCACCUGCACCUCUGCAUCUACGACCGACGCUUCUCACAGCUGCCUGAGCUGCCUCGAUUGGACAGUCUGACUGACCAGUCGGAGUCAGUCUCCCAGAUGUUGUUGGCUUACCUCUCCCGGCUCUCGGCCAUCGCUGACAACAAGAUCAACUGUGGGCCCGCCCUCACGUGGAUGGAGGUUGACAAUAAGGGAAAUCAUCUGUUGGUUCAUGAGGAGUCGUCGAUCAACGUGCCAGCAAUCGCUGCUGCCCACGUCAUCAAGCGUUACAUCGCCCAGGCCUCAGACGAGCUGUCUUUUGAGGUCGGGGACAUCGUGUCUGUGAUUGACAUGCCCCCUAAAGAAGACACCACAUGGUGGAGAGGCAAGCAUGGCUUUCAGGUUGGCUUCUUUCCCAGCGAGUGUGUGGAGCUCAUAAAUGAUAAAGUGCCGCAGUCCAUGACCAACACGGUGCCAAAACCAGCCUCCCCCUGCUCUGGCCUGCAGCCUGCUUCUUGGAGUCUCUUCCCUCCCUACUUGGAGAUGGAGAGUGUAAUACAGGACAGUGCAUGGGUGGCCGACCCGCUAAACCACUACAGCCUAAGUUCAGUGUCUAAGAAGCACGGCAAGCUGAUCACCUUCUUGCGCUCCUUCAUGAAGUCCAGGCCGACCAAACAGAAGCUGAAGCAGAGAGGCAUCCUGCGGGAGAGGGUGUUCGGCUGCGACCUGGGAGAACACCUCCUCAACUCAGGACAUGACGUGCCCCAGGUCCUCAAGAGCUGCACCGACUUCCUCGAGAAGCACGGCGUGACGGACGGCAUCUACCGCCUCUCUGGAAUCGCCUCCAACAUCCAGAAAUUGCGACACGAGUUUGACUCUGAGCAGAUCCCCGACCUGACCAAAGAUGUGUACAUCCAGGACAUCCACUGUGUCGGCUCGCUGUGUAAGCUCUACUUCAGAGAGCUGCCCAACCCGCUGCUCACCUACCAGCUCUACGAGAAGUUCUCCGAUGCUGUAUCAGCAGCGACUGACGAAGAGCGACUCAUCAAAAUCCAUGAUGUCAUCCAGCAGCUUCCUCCACCGCAUUACAGGACCCUGGAGUUCCUCAUGAGACACCUCUCCCGCCUGGCAGCGUUCAGCUACAUCACCAACAUGCACAGCAAGAACUUGGCCAUCGUCUGGGCGCCCAACCUGUUGAGGUCAAAACAGAUUGAAUCUGCGUGCUUCAGCGGCACAGCGGCCUUCAUGGAAGUCCGAAUCCAGUCGGUGGUGGUGGAGUUCAUCCUUAACCACGUGGACGUUCUCUUCAGCACUAAACUCAGCUCGCUAAUACGAGAGGGAGCAGGUCACAACUCGUUGUCACGGCCCAAAUCCCUGCUGGUUUCGUCACCCUCCACUAAACUCCUGACUCUGGAGGAGGCCCAGGCCCGCACCCAGGCUCAGAUCAACUCUCCGGUCACUGAAGACAGCAAGUACAUUGAGGUGGGCGAAGGUCCGGCUGCCCUGCAGGGAAAGUUCCACACCGUCAUCGAGUUUCCCACCGAGAGGAAGAGGCCUCCUAUUAAAUCCAAGAAGUCUCCGGUGGGUAGUUGGCGUUCUUUCUUCAACCUGGGAAAGUCUUCCUCCAUGUCCAAGCGCAAGCUUCACCGCAACCCCAGUGAGCCCAAUGAACUGAAGGCCAUGGCUCUCGCUGGAGGACGAGGAGACACGACGACAUUAAGAUCAGCCAAGAGUGAAGAGUCACUGAGUUCUCUGCACAAUGUUGAAGGAGAGUCCAAGGUGUACCGUCCUCGGCGGCCGCGCUCCAGCAGCGAUGCCCUGUCAGCCUCCUUUAACGGCGAGCUGCUGGACAGCCGGCAGCACUGCAACUCCUACGACAACCUGGGCGCCACAGAGGACAGCGACGGAGACGACGGGCCCAUCUGCGUGCCCGCCCUCAUCUCACCUCCUCGCUCGGCAGGGGAAGAUGUGGACCUCAGCCCGCCGGACAUCGGCAUGGCCUCCUUGGACUUUGACCCCAUGUCUUUCCAGUGCAGUCUCCCUGACACCUCUUACGCCUUCCCUCUAGAUGACUCGCCCGCUGGGGCCGAGGGUUCCACGUUAAAGAGGAGCCCCGGUAGCGUCUGUGGCAAGACCAACGGCUCUGACCUUCUCUCUGCCGCCUUCCUGGGCAGCCUGAUGUCCCCCAUGUUGUCCACAGACUUCGGCCUGGCUGCUGGAGAGAAGAAGAAGGUGGGGAGCAAGAAACUGGUCACGUCUUAUUCUUACACUGAUAAACCCACACAGGCUGUGUCACCUAUUAAAUGUGGAAAGGCCACAAGUUUGACACCAUUUGCCACUUCAGAGCUUUUCUCUACGGAGCUGCCUGACAAGAGUACAGCUGGACAGGUCAUCUCUCCACAGCCAUUAUCUCCUCCUUCAAGAGCCAAGGACUCUCCUCCCCUGAUGGGCAGCGUGCUGCUGAGGGCGGCCGAGCCGUCGCUAAGUGAAGCUUUCCAAAUGGAGCUGCACUCUAAGCUGGCGGCCUUCGACAGCGUGGACAGUCGAGAGCUGAAGGGAGAGGACGGCGUGCAGCAGGCGCCUUCUGCCAGCAGUCAAGAGCACCACGGAGUCGUAGCUCCGGACUCUUCAAAGGACCUCACCCCUCGCUCCCUCAGCUCUACAGCUCCCACUGCUGCCCUUCCUCCUCCUCCUCCUCCCCCUCCUAAAAAUGCUGCCCGCAUGUUGGCCCUGGCCCUCGCCGAGUCUGCCCAGCAGGUGACCAUUCAGGCUCAGACCCGGUCCUCUGAGCCCUCCACGCCGGUGUCUCCUCUGCAGCCACAGGAGGCGUCUGACUCCCAGGGUCCGCCAUAUCCACCGAUCCCACUUUUCCAGACUUCCUUCUACUCCUCCGAGGGAGCAGAGAGAAGAAGUUCCCUGCCACCGAACGGCACCGCUCGGACCGUCACUUCAUCCUCGUCUUAUCCCCCCACAUCCAGUCCUACGGUCAAGCGGCCUCUAGAGUUACCGAUUACCACGCCGUCGGACGGCAUCAAGUCCUCUACGACUCCACCAGGAACAGACUCCAGCCCACCAGACACUCCUUUUUACAAGUAUGCCCCACACCCCAGUUCAACCAGCUUGACUUCUCCAACCAGGAAAAGUCCAGAAAGGCAGCAGCCUGUCACGGGACAGGUCCCGGUCCUGGUCCCGGUCCCGGUCCCAGUCCGUAGCAGCUCAUCCAGCACCGCUCCAGCCACCUUCCCCAAAGAUACUGGAGUCUCACCUCAGAUUGUUCCUGAGGUCAAACCAGAGGAGACCGCACCACCCCCAAUCCUUCCAAAACCAUCAGAAAAGCCACCUCCAAAAAUUCAAAAGCCCAAGAGGUCGGCCAUCUCGCUGUCCCAGCAUCAAACACAAACUCCACAGCAGAGCCAAGCUCCGAUACAGCCUCCUCUUCCAGCACAGCCUCAUCCACAGCCUCAUCCACAGUCUCAUCUGCCCUCACAGCCUCCUCUUCCAACUCAGCCUCAUCCACAGCCUCAUCCACAGUCUCAUCUGCCCUCACAGCCUCCUCUUCCAACUCAGCCUCAUCCACAACCUCAUCCACAGUCUCAUCUGCCCUCACAGCCUCCUCUUCCAACUCAGCCUCAUCCACAGUCUCAUCUGCCCUCACAGCCUCCUCUUCCAGCACAGCCUCAUCCACAGUCUCACCUGCCCUCACAGCCUCCUCUUCCAACUCAGCCUCAUCCAAAGCCUCAUCCACAGUCUCACCUGCCCUCACAGCCUCCUCUUCCAACACAGCCUCAUUCACAGUCUCUUCAGCCCUCACAGCCUCCUCUUCCAACACAGCCACAUCCACAGUCUCAUCUGCCCUCGCAGCCUCGCACGCAGCCUCAGACACAGGUCCAAACCCAACCUCAGCUCCCAUCGAAGGCCAGCGCGAGAGUGGCCCCCACCUCUGCUGAGCCUGUUGAGAAGCCUUGGGAGGCCAUAAAGCCGGUACAGCCCUGUAUGGAGUCUGCAAAGUACCACGACGCGUACGGACCCACACCCCCGGCCCCUCCUGUCCGCACCAUAGAGAGCAAACUGGCCACAGCAGCACUCAGCCAAAGUGAAGCCCCCUACCAUGUCCUGGGUGAAGGCCCUGUUUCUGGCCAUCUGGAGGACGCUCUGCCUCACCAUCCUUCUUCUCCUCGUAAAUCUUCCACACACCAGCCAGUCUACCUGUACCACGCUAAAGGAGAACCAGUCUUAAUUGAGCCUCCGGGAGCCGCAUACUACCACCAGAGGCCCGUUGCACUCGGCCCACAGCCCCCAGUGUCACACCACUACCGGCCAGACAGCGUCCCCCCACACCUCUCCUACGUGUCCAAAUCGGAGCCUCAGAUACUUUACAGUGCCCGACUGGACAACCGAUACAGCACUUUAGGCCCCAGGUCCUACCACCACUCUAUGAAGUCCAGAGGAAACCCCCGCAGUGUGUACGUGUCUCCGGGUCCAGGGCACCAGGGUUAUAACCAUGACAGAAACCAAGGCUACCCCACCAUCCGCAGAGUGCACUCCCUCCAUGUUCCUUCCACUAUCCGCUCAGUGCCCAUUCAAAGGACUGAAGUCCCUCCAGAUGACGAUAUCUUCUUCUACCAUCGGCCUGUGUAUCCGUGCAAAGCCUACCAGCAGCCCCCGCAGCAGCAGCAGCCCCCACAGCAGCAGCCCCCGCAGCAGCAGCCUCCGCAGCAGUCCUCACAAACCGACUACCACGUCACCCAGCUGCAGCCUUACUUUGAGAACGGACGGGUUCAGUACCGCUACAGUCCAUACUCUGGUUCGAGCCCUUUGGAGUCGCCUUUCUAUGACAUCGACCCUUACGGCACGCUCCGAGUCCGGCACGUCCACUCCCACGGCAGCCGUGAUCCAGGAACCGCCGCUGGCCGACCGGGUGGAAAGGCCACCGGGUACCACUACCUUGCUCGCCACGUUCUCCCACCUGGGAAGGAGCACAGCUUUGUGAGCAGGGACAUGCCCCCCGGUCACGGGACCAAGGAAGCGGCUGCUUACCUCACCUGGGACCCCGAUGAGUCAGAAAGGCUCCGCAUGCACUCCAUCCGCAGGGAGAGCAGGGCCAGACAGAAGAUUAAAGGCCCCGUCCUCUCUCAGUACGACAAUGUCGGCUCUUUUGCACCAGCAGAUAUGUCGGGCUAUGAAACCCUGCACCUGCGCAGUAAAUCUGACCCAGGUAAAGCUGUACUGCUUGCAGCCGAGAGCAAAGACGGGCGCUACCUCCCCAGACACAUGGUGUCAGACCUUGACGUCCUCAUGUAUAUGGAGACUGACAAGCAUGUCCAGGGUAGCGCAGCGGGCGACAAGUCGGACGGGCACGCCAAGCAAAGCGGCGCGCGGAAAUGCCAAUCCUCUCACUCCCUUCCAGCUACUCUGAGCCACGGUCUGUCCCAUCAGCAGGAGAGCAGCCGUCACGAGGCCAAGUGCGAGACUGGAGACGACAAGAUGGGCGGAGACGGCAACAGGUCCAAACACUGGCAGCAGGAACAUCCCAACAUGAGGAACUUCCAACCACGUUACGAGUGUCCUGAUUCUGAGCAAAGUAAAGUGAGAACAUCAAGCGGCUACCACGGUGCAGACGACCAGCCGUCGGCCACCAGGGAACAGCUCGCCCGCUCUAAACUGGAACGCUCACACAGCAGCCGAGAGCAGCAGCACUACAGCCACGGCAACCCCGAACUGGACUACUCCUAUCAGAAUCACCCCCCUAAAGCAGCGCAGUCCCACUACGAUAACCUGGACGAUUACCACCCAGUACCUCAGCCUCAGGCCCCUGUUCAAAAACGUGGAGGCUCCAGCUCCGGCUCCUAUCCCGGCCCGGGAUUCACAGUGAGCAACAGAGCGUACUCCACAGCACUGGGCCAGGGAGCCUAUAUCCCGACUGACCUGGCCAUGCAGAGGCCAGAGACAGAGAUACGUACAGAAUGAAGCAUUUAGGGGGGGUGGGGAUGUGUGAAAUUAUCUUUAGCUGUGUAGAAGAAAGACUCUAAUGAGCUACGGUUGCAGCCUCUGCAGGACAGUGGACUGUCGUAUAACCAAUAUUUUUGCUCCUCUGUAUUUUUAAUGAAUUGUAAAGAAGACUUUUUACAGAAAGUCCUGAAUGUACCUGAAGUUACUGUCCAAGGGGUCAUAUUAUUGUGAUUGAUUGAGACAGUAGCGAGUCAUAAAUGUAUAUGAUAUGAAAGAUGUAAGGUACUUUUAACAGGAACACAAAAAUGUAAAAUAUAUAUAUACUAUAUAUAUAUAUAUAUAUAUAUGAAUAGAAUCACUAGUAAAAAAGGGAUUUUAGUUGUUUUUUUUAGGUGUGGCGCUGGGUAUGAGCAUCAACUGGGAUUAAGGUUUGCAUUUUAGAAAUGCAUGCACUCUAUCUCUUACAGAACAGUUCUGUGUACUUCACUAUCCAUUGCGUUCUUUCUGGAUGUUACAGCACAAGUUAUUGAAGGAGGAUACAUGGUAGGCGGCCGCGCCCUCCCUCUGCUAAUAUGUACACAAGAAGGCAGCGCGGUGAAUCCGCGGUUCCCUCGAAGAAUCCAGCCGGGCGUGUGAGGUUUGACAAGGAGCUGCAGUGGGUUACUUUCAGUUAAUAUAGUGGUUAUCAAUGUUCUUUUCUGUGUGACUGUGCCAUUUUUAUGUAACUUUGCUAUAAACACAUUUCAAUGACUUCUGAUGGGAUGUUUUGGUACUUGUUUGUUCUUCAUUGGAAGAGGGACCAAAUGAUUCGGCGCAGUUGUUGCACAUAUGGGAUAGAAGGAAGGGGAAGAUGGAUGAAUGCCUGUUGUACCUUUUUCAGAUGUGUAAGAGGUUAUUUUUAUUAUUUUUUUUCCAUCACCUUCACGGUACUUUUCAUGAACUGGACUAACUGAAUAAAGCUGAAAACAAUGUCCUCUCAAACAACGUGGUGAAGAACAUGUUGCCGCUGCUUUGUGGUUAAAAAAAAAUGAUGAGCCUUAAAUUUUGUUCCAACAGACCAUAUUUUGUUUACCAUUGUCAUCAUAAUGCACAAACGUUGUGAUAUCUAGAUUUGAGAUGACGGUUCAGGGUUGACAGGUACUGGGGUUAUUUAGUUUUGUAUCGCCUCAUUGGUUCUGAAUUUAAAACAAUGUUUUUUUUAAAGAUAUCUGGGCUGGAAAUCGAUGUAUAGUACGUUCAUCUGGUAUUAUACUACAUGCCCUUUUGGUUCCCCAUAAUGUAUGGAUUACAAUAUGUUUCAAAUCUGUCUAAAUCCAGGUUGUACUCUAACUGUUUGACUUCUAUAUCUCUCGCAGGUUUUGCUCCUCUUGCCUUAUCUAAAGCCUCACCCUGUUCAGAUGGGGAACUGCAGUAAGGCACUGUGUACUUGAAUGUGAAAACACUCUUGUCUCAAACUAGAGGUAUAUCUACAGUUAGAUAUGAAAUAAAUAAAACUGUUCAGGAAUAGCUAUAA